AUGGCGGCUUCUAGAAGCAGCAAUUAUGAUUCUGAUUAUUCCUCUAGCUUUUCUGAAGAAGAUUCCAAGAUUUCUGUGGACAAGGCACGUGCCAAUGCGGAUCAUGCUAAGGAGAUAAUAAACAAGAUGUCCCUCGAUGAGCUGAAAGCGGCUCGUGAUGAAAUCUUGAAGAGAAAAGAGAGGCAUGAGAUAAUAAAUGAUUAUCGGGAGAAGAGACGUAUAAAUCAGCAAAAAAUACUAAAAUCUGAGGAGAAACUUCGAUCUCGUCCUGAUGGUGUAGCUUCAAACUCAGAUGCUUCAGAUGCCGAGGAAGAAUUCGUUUGGGAUCUGACAGAACGCAAAAGUAGGUCGUAUCCACCGCACAGGGAGAGUGAACGACUGGUUAAGGAUGAUUUUCAGGAUGAGUAUGAUGAAGAAGACUAUUGGGACGCGAUAAAUGGUGAUAUCGUCGAAGAAGAAGAAUUCCCUAGCUCGGACAGUGAUUCUGAAAAAGAGUCUGAUGAGGGUUCCACGGAGGACGAUGAUGAUGACGAUGAAUCUGAUGGUUAG